AUGGAAACCAUCCCAGCUUAUCAUGAGAAUAGUUUGAUAAAUGGGAUAACGAUUUUCAUAGAUUUCGUUCCGUGUAUAUCUGCGUUUAAAUUCUGCAAACCAAUGGUACAAGUUGAUGGGACUUGGCUGUACGGCAAGUACAAAGGAACUCUAUUGGUAGCAGUUGCACAAGAUGGGAACGACAACGUAAUUCCUAUUGCUUAUGCUAUUGUGGAAGGUGAGACAAAAGAAGGUUGGAGUUUCUUUUUGAGAAAUUUGAGAAAAUUUGUCACUCCACAAGCCAACAUUUGUUUGAUUUCCGAUAGACAUGAAUCUAUUAAGAGUGCUUAUAAUAAUCCGAAUAAUGGGUGGCAAGAUCCUCCGUCAAAGCAUAUGUUCUGCGUCCGACAUAUUGCACAAAAUUUUACAAGGGAAUUUAAAGACAAUGCUUUGAAGAAAAAAGUUAUUUCUAUGGGUUACUCUAUCAACGAGCCUACAUAUCGAUACUACCGUAGAGAAAUCGGCAUGCUAAAUCUGGAUGCUUUGAAAUGGUUAGACAACAUACCUCGACAAGAUUGGAUUCAAGCAUUCGAUGGAGGUAGUCGUUGGGGUCAGAUGACAACCAACCUUGUGGAGUCAAUCAACGCAGUAUUAAAAGGCCCGCGCAACCUUCCCAUCACUGCUUUGGUGCAAUCGACUUAUUUUAAAACAGGGACACUAUUUCCAACCAUGGGAAAACAACACGCAUCGAUUUUAGCUUCUGGUCAGGUAUACACAAAACCUUGCAUAGAUUUUAUGAAAUUGGAAAUAAGUAAAUCCAAUAGUCAUAGGGUGGAUAGUUUUGAUCGGAGCAACCAUACUUUCAUGGUGCAUGAGACAGUGGUUCCAAGAGAAGGGCGACCAAUUGGUCAUUUCAGUGUAAACCUUUCUAACAAGUGGUGCGAUUGUGGAAUAUAUCAAGCUAAACAUAUGCCUUGUUCACAUGUCAUAGCAGCAUGCUCUAGCAUAAAGUAUAAUUAUUGGAGCCUUAUAUCUGAUGUGUAUAAAGUGGAAUCGGUAUUAAAAGUCUAUGAUGAAGUGUUCCAACCCAUACCAAACCAAGGAUAUUGGCCACAAUAUGAAGGUGUUAAGGUGUGUCACAAUCCACUAAUGCGGAGAGUCACGAAAGGUCGUCCAAAGAGCAAACGCAUUAGAACAGAAAUGGGCAGUAAAGAAAGAGAACCAAGAAAAUGCGGGUUAUGUCGGUGGAGCAAAGGAAGAGAAAGUGAGGAAGAAAGAGACCAUCAAGGUAUAGUUGUGGACGAUACGGUGGCCUACUAG